AAAAGGAGAGGAGGGGAUUGGACUGACCUGACGUCACGUCAGCAUUUAUAAUCUGUAACCCGCAACGACCCUUGUUUAUAUCCUUCUCAGCUGUUCGUGAAGUGCACACGGUUGAAAAUGACUGUUAUGUGGAAGCACAGCUUCUCGUUUCUCACUCUGCUUUUUGCAGUAGCUGCGGUCUGUGUCACUGGCGGAAUACCUGGAGGUCCGGUAGACGUGGUCAUUGGAGACGAAGGGGUUCAGGAUGCGUUGAAGUUCGCGGUCACCGAGUUCAACAAAGCUAGCAAUGAUAUUUACGUCUCCAGGGUCUCACAGGUCGUCAGGUUGCAGAUGCAGGUUGUUGCAGGAAUCAAGUACAUUAUGACAGUGAAGAUGGGUCGCACAUCCUGCAGAAAGGGAACAGCGAAGAACAUCGAGCUGUGUGCAUUCCAUGAUGGGCCUAAACUGGCUAAGACUUCCACCUGCACCUUUGAAGUUUGGUCCCGUCCCUGGAUUCCAGACACAAAGCUGGUGAAAAAGACCUGCACUUCAAAAGCUUAAGUUUGAUCCUGCUGGAAUGUAAUGUUAAAGCAUUUUUUUUAAAACUAACUAUAUUAACAAUUCACUUUUAAAGAACUAAAACAAAGCAGGCACUGGCAAUGAACAUUUUUGUAGUGUUUACUCUUGUUACUGAAACACAUUUUCUGUUUUUAAGCUGCCUCUAAAUGUAUCUUCUAGCUAUCGCUAAGCAAUACAAUUCUGUAACUUCAGUUGAAAUAAAAUAAACACUUACUAGAAA